AUUCCAUACUAGACCAAAUGCAAAAGCAGAAAGAAAACAUUAAAGCAGCAGAGGACAAAGAGGCCAAACACCGAGCAGAAUUACAAAAUGCUGACGCGGCACAAAGAGUUGCUGCACAACCAGAAGCUCCUAAUGGCCCUUCUGCUCAUUAUCCUUUACCUGAUGGAGAUGCAGUGAGGAAGGAAUUGAAGAGGCUUGAGGAUGUUUCCCGACAAGCACGCUCAGAUCGACAUCGAGGACAUGUGGCUGCUGAACGAGCAAGACAGGUUGAGGAAUUCUGGCAGAGGAAGCAGGAAGCCAUGCAAAACAAAGCACGGGCUGAGGGACAUAUGGAUGCACUGUACAGCCUGGCAGCUAUCUAUGGAGGCAGGCCAAACUCUUCAGGAGGAGGGAAGGCCCGACACAGAGAAGAACAGGAAUAUUUAGCAAGACUCAGGCAAAUCAGACUCCAGAAUUUUAAUGAACGACAGCAGAUGAAAGCUAAGCUGCGUGGAGAAAAGGUA